AUUGUUAGAGGCUCUCGACGUGCAGCGCGGGAACAACAAGCAGUGUGGAUCAUGGUGUGGAUGUUGAACUGAAGUCCAGAAACAAAAUAACUUCACCUUACAGACAGCGAUGGAUCCUUCUGAGGUUGAGUUCCUCGCCGAGAAAGAAGUUGUGAAGAUAAUACCAAACUUCAGUCUGGACAAGAUCUACUUAAUCGGGGGAGACCUGGGUCCCUUCAACCCUGGUCUGUCGGUGGAUGUUCCCGUGUGGCUGGCCCUGAACCUCAAACAGAGACAGAAAUGCAGAAUUGUCCCUCCAGAGUGGAUGGAUGUUGAAAAACUGGAGGAGAUGCGAGAUCUUGAGAGGAGAGAGGAUACCUUUACACCUGCUCCCAGUCCAUACUACAUGGAGCUGACUAAAUUACUUCUGAACUAUGCUUCUGAUAACAUCCCUAAAGCUGAUGAGAUCCGCACGCUGGUUAAAGACAUCUGGGACACACGUAUCGCCAAACUCCGCCUCUCUGCAGACAGCUUCAUCAGUCAGAUGGAAGCUCACGCCAAGCUGGACAACCUCACUCUGAUGGAAAUCAACACCAUACGAUCGUUUCUUCUCGACUCUCUCAAUUGCAUGUUCAAACUACGGUCCAAUCUUCAGCCUGGUUCAAGUAAAGGUCAGUUUACAGACUACUGAUGCAUAAGAUCAGAGCCAGAUCAACAGGUGUGGAUAUUCUCCUGCUCUGGGGUUGCAGCCAUAGGCUGAGGUGUGUCCUGACUCGUGAGGCUCUUUAAUACUCAGACUGUCAGCACAGAAGUGGAAUUCCCCAGGAUUUAUAUGGAUAUCUGAUUGAAACAAAGUCAGUUUUACACUGCCUUUCCAAGAAGCUGUUUUAUAUUAGGGAAACUUGUAUUUGUUUCUGUUCAUGAAACAGCAUCUGGACUUCAUGUUCUGUUUGGCAUUUGUUCACAUUUAAAAAUGUACAAUUUUGUAGCAUUUGACUAAAUAAAUGUAUAUGUGUGAGAGGUG